CACAGUACAGUACCAGCAGCACACGAACUUCAAUCAACCGCAAUUUAGUUGGUUUAUUCCCGUCGUCGAUCGUGCUGCAGUCGCGAGCAGAAUGCAACCGUUGCACAUUCUGACGAGCGUCUUUUUUACGGUGUUGAUGAUUGCACAGGAAGCAGGAUGUGCAAACAUUCUCGUGCUGAUGAGUGUUGUUUCACAGAGUCACUACAUAUGGAUACGUCCCAUAGUGAAUCGGUUGGCGGAAAACCAUCAUAAUGUGACGGUACUCUCGGUCAACGUAGAUUCUGCGCCACCAGUCAACGUUACGUACAUUCAUCUCGAGAAUAGUUACAACAUCCUCUACGGCAAUGGAACGGCGGCCAGGAAUGACAUUCUGAAACGUUCCAACGAGAUGGCCACCGAUGCGACAAGAUCAUUCUAUCGGUUCGGACUGCUAGGAUGCGAAGGUGCUGUAUCAUCGAAGGGAUUUCAGCAAUUGCUGCAGUAUCCGAAUGAUUUUCGAUUCGAUCUUAUCAUCUACGACUUCACUUGUGGCCCGUGUGUGUUGGGCUUUCUGCACAAGUUCAACUACCCACCACUGGUCAGCGUCACCGGAUUUGGUGUGCCACAGUUUACCAACCAACUUAUUGGAGGACGAAAAGAACCAUCGGUUGUGCCACACUUUACUCAACUCACGGAAAACCCGAUGCCGUUCACUCAACGGCUGCUCAACUCUGCGAUUCAUACGUUCGAUGCGCUGUACCGACGGUUCGUGUUUCUGCCCCAGUUGACCGAUAUUGCCCAGCGAGGCUUCAUUUUCCCCUUACCAGCGUUAAGUGAGCUCGAGCGACGGACACUCCUUAUGCUCACCAACUCUAAUCCUGCACUCGAUCCUCCGGAAAGUCUUCCACCGAACGUCAUUCCCGUCGGUGGACUGCAAAUCGUUUCUCCGGCUCCCUUGCCGGACAAGCUGCUUAGCUUCAUCAAUAGUGCCCCCAAGGGUGCCAUCCUGUUCGCAAUGGGCACCAAUUUUCGCAGCAAAAUGUUCACCACGGAACGGCAGCUCAUGUUUCUGGAGGCCUUUGCCGCCCUGCCAGAGUAUCACAUUCUGUGGAAGUUCGAUGAUGAACGAUUGCCACGCCAAGCGAGCUCCAACGUGCUGGUGCAACCUUGGAUGCCUCAGAACGAUAUCCUUGCACACCCGCAGGUCCGCGCAUUUAUCAGCCACUGUGGCCUAAUGAGUACGCAGGAGGCAACCUAUCACGGUGUGCCGAUAAUCGGUAUACCGAUCUACGUUGAUCAACAUUUAAACUUGCAUCGUACCGUACAAACUGGGGCUGGCGUUAAACUCGAUCUGGCCACGCUCAGCACGAUCAAGAUAAUAAAUGCCCUCAAAACGUUACUGGAAGAUGACUCCUACAGUCGAGCGAUGAGUCACCGAUCGGCUUUGUUCCGUGAUCAACCAGAGCCACCGCUCGAUCGAGCUAUCUGGUGGAUCGAAUGGGCCUUAAGACACCCAACCGAAUCGCGGCUCCGUUCGACAACGCUCGAGAUGAGCAUUUUCGCAGCCCACGGAUACGAUGUGGUACUGUCUGUAACGCUCUUGGUAUUAGCAUUUGCUGCGCUAGUACGACAUGUGUUUUCUCUGUCGCUUUUUCGAAGAAAUCGAGUCCAACAACCAAUCACCUUAGCCAAGAAGACGAAACAGUUGUAAAGACGAAGCAUUCUCCCUCCUUCGUGUGCUUCAGACGAUCGAUUAUUCCAAGAAUCUCAUCGCAAUGCAAAUAAAACAUUCUUCGUUUUUGAGGCGUAAA